AUGUGGUUUGAUUUGGAUGCCACGGGCACCAGUAUACACAUUCAAAAGCCCCAAUUGAAUACGUAUCAUGUGGUGGAAGUGCCAGGAGUAGUGAAGAAUGGGAGUGCUGUUAUUGAAGCGCUAGGUGGUUAUGGAAGAAUUGCCGAAUCUUUUCGAAGACCGACCGUGAAACCAUUAAUACUAAGAUUGCACUAUAAGGACCCUUAUAGCAAAUUUCUGGGUGCCCAGACGUACCGAUCGUUGGGGUUAGUGUUACGGCUUCGUCGACAUAAGACGACCGGGCGAAGACAGGUGCGGAUCGAGGGGAUCGCGAACCAGACCUUUCGAUUUACGUCACUCGCAGAUUACUACCUGGCACCGGAGCCUGCUUUGAGGAUGCCUCUAGACGUUGUUAGUUACGUCGAUCGACUAAGACAUACAGCCUACGCUGAUAUUUAUGGUGGCGUACGCAGCACUUCAAAAAGCAAGACGCCAACAACAGCCAAUAUAGAAUUUGAUAUGAUCCCGGAACCCGCCACAGUGCCUGAACCGGACACACCAAUGCAGCCCAGCUCACCAGACUCGGAUCAGGACUCGGAACCGGUCAGUGUUUCCCCAAGAGAAAAUCCCCCAAGAGAAAAUCCCCCAAGAGAAAAUCCGCCCAGAGGGGAUUCAUCCAGAGGGGAUUCUGACGAAGAUCCCGCCUGGACGGAUAUGCUUACCGGCACAUUCAGGACCGAAGAACUCCCUCCACCGCUAUAUACUCGCCAGAGCCAGCCGUUUAAUUACCGGUAUAGUGUGAACGUCUUUAGUGCCCUCAGCAAAUACUUCCUUUUGCCCAACAGGGAGCUAGUUGACACCCCUUUCGUGAUCCCCGAAAACAUUCCGGAGGCAGAGGGAGAUACUCGUAUCUCCGGGGGAGAAAUUCAUGCCCUGGGCAUCGUGCCGAAAGGUAUGGGAUCCGUAUGCAACGCGGUGGCCAGAAUAGCGGACUUGCGGCUCCCCACAUACGAGGAUGUACCUCGGACUGCCAUUGCAGUGUCCAUUGGGUCUGGUCCGCUGUUGGACGAGCUGAAGGUUUUAUUCGAACAGCGACCGCUGUGGCAGCGCAAUAGUCUGUUUGCACACCUGUCUAAGCACGCUACCAUUUGGCGGCUGAAACCCGUUCUGGCACACACAUGCUUCCUAUUCAUGGACGGCCCCUGGCGAGGCUGUCUAUGUCGCCUGGGAUUCGACCCACGCAAAGAUCCGAACACACGAAAUUACCAGACCAUCGACUUCAGGGAUACCUUCUUUAGAUCUGUCAAAUACCGGACUCAGAAAGCAAGAAAAAAUAGGUCUAAUGAUGGAGGCACCGACUGGCAAUUCCUCGUCGCUCCCAACAAACCUUCCUGCCUAUAUCAACUUUGCGAUAUUCAAGAUACCAAGGUACAACGACUUCUUCAAAUAACGAAACCACUUGAAGAAUUCGAUAACAACACCGGUUGGAUCACAGCCGACACAAUUACGAGAAUUCGAGAUUUAUUGAGCGUUAGAUCUCAACAACUACGAUCCCAGACCAAAGAGUGA